AUGUCGAUUCCACACGGAAUCAAACGACUAGGCGUCCUCGGUGCGGGCCAAAUGGGCACCGGCAUUGCCUUCGUAUCCGCCCUCCACGCCAAAGUCCCAGUCCUCCUCCAUGACAAAUCUGCACACCAAAUAUCCAAAGGCCUCUCCCUGAUAGACAAGCUCCUCGCCAAAGACGUGUCUAAAGGUCGUCUCCAAGCGUCCGACGCAGCAGAUGCACGUGCACGUAUACAAACAGCGGACUCCGUCGAAGCCAUGCGUGAUGUAGACAUGGUCGUAGAAGCCGUAUCCGAGAACCUAGACCUCAAACGCGCUAUAUUCCGCGAGUUUGCGGCGAAGAUCCGUCCGGAUGCGAUCUUGGCUACGAACACGUCUUCGAUUAGUAUCACGAAGAUUGCAGGGGCUGUUAUUCCCGAGGGGGAACCUGCGGCGGGCGAAGUAGCGAAGGCUGUGUCUGGGAGGGUGGUUGGUCUGCAUUUUUUCAACCCUGUACCUGUUAUGUGGCGUGUUGAUGCCAUGUAUGAAUAUCAGAAACUCGUGGAGCUCAUAUCUGCAGUGCAAACGUCGCAAGACACGCUAGACCGUUCACGCGCAUUCGCUGAAGCGUGCGGGAAAGAGGUCGCUACGUCGCAGGACGUGCCUGGGUUUGUGUCGAACGCGUUGCUUAUGCCAUUUAUCAAUGAGGCAAUUAUGUGCUUAGAGAAGGGCGUUGCGACUCGUGAUGACAUCGACAAGACGUUCAGGUUAGGCAUGGCACAUCCUAUGGGGCCGUUACAACUUGGUGAGUUACUUAUCGGUCUUGAUACCUGCCUCUCUAUUCAGCAAACGCUCUACAAGGGUACCUCGGAUUCUAAGUAUCGCCCUUCGGUCUUGCUUGAGCGUAUGGUGGAUGCUCAGUAUCUUGGAAAGAAGAGCGGUCGAGGAUUUUAUGAGUACAACAACUGA